AAAAGGGAAACAAUGGCAACACUGCUCCUGCUACUGUCAACCUAAAAGGCAGUCCAUUUUUCUUCUCAAGUAGAUUCAAGAAAUUCGGGUCAGUAGGUUGCGGCAAGUUGCUACUGUUUCUAGUAAUAUUCAAACUGAUCCCAUCACAGGCUGCCUGCGACAAAGAUGUGGCGGCUAGACUUCUAAAUUAGGAGGCUGCUAUGCCAUAGUUACUGAAAAUCUGAAAUCGUUUACUGCAACCAUGACAGAAAUCAUUGAUUCUGGGAAGCAAGAAUACAACAAGAGAUGCACAUCUGCUUUCAUUUUUGACCCUUCCAUGUUUAAGUCAUCGGAUCCAGAUAUCGAAUUUCCCAUGUUUAACUCAUCGGUUCCAGAUAUCGAAUUCCCCACGACAUAAGCAUUGAUACGACGCAUGUUCCUGCAACGCUGGGGUGGAAUCCCAUCAAAUACGAUUUGAAAGGUCUUGUUACAAGUUACUCUAAACCAGGAAUUUUUAUAGCAACCAGUUCUUAUUCCAUUUGGGGAUGGAAUAACAACAUGCCCACAUUUUUCUUCACAACCAAACUCGUUUACUUCUUGCGAUUUUGCUGCUUGAAUAAGCCAUAGUAGCAGGAUGAAGUAAUGCCCAUUCUCUCUUAAUUUCUCCCACCUUCGAUUGUUGAUUUCUUUCUAUCAUGGAAAUUGAUGACGAAUUUGCUGGCUGCAUAUGUCAAAUAGAUAUAGCUCGGCGUAUAUUCAAAAGGUUCAAAGAAAUUUCUUGGCUUUUGCGCCCCAGUUUUCUACAUUUGAUCCCACUAAUGCACUAACCGCAUAUUUGGUUACCGUAAUACAGGGGAAAUGGAAUUUAUAUUUUGUGAAAAUAAAAAAAAGAAUAAUAGAAUAAAAUAGAGAAAUUUAACAUAAGUGAAUUUCAAUAUAGAAUGCCUAGGUUGUUACUUAAUGGAUCAUGUCAAAAGGGGCAAGACCAAAAAAGACUUGGGUGGUCAGCGGGUUGGGAAGGUGUGGGUAGGUGGGCAGGCUACUGAGAAGGGCCUUGUUUUUAUUGAGCUUCUUGAAGGUAUGGUUCUAAAUACAGCACCAUAGUGCAAUGUCAUCUAUGAUUCUGAUCUCACCUGGUGGAAAAAGGACAAAAGUAGAAUUUUCAGUUGGUGGAGAAUUCUUCCAUUGCAUCGGGCAGCACGUCACGACACAAGCAUUUACGUAUAUUAUGCCAUGGAUGGCCAUAAAUGAGAAAAAUCUUCCUCAGCUUACGAAAGGGGAGAAAAUUGGAGUUUCAAAAGUAGAGUUAUAUGAGGGUGAGACUUCACCCCCUGAUUAUCUCAGUGAGAGUGAGCUCAUUUCUCUGAUGGAGAGGAAUGGAAUAGGCACAGAUGCAUCAAUACCUGUGCAUAUAAACAACAUAUGUGAGAGGAAUUAUGUGCAGGUACAAGUUGGUAGGAAGUUGGUUCCAACUACUUUAGGCAUAACACUGAUACGAGGCUAUCAAUGCAUUGAUCCAGAUCUUUGUUUGCCAGAAAUUCGCAGUUUCAUUGAGCAUCAGAUUACUUUGGUUGCUAAGGGUCAGGCAAAUCAUUCUCGUGUUGUGCAGCAUGUACUACAGCAAUUCAAGCAAAAAUUCAGUUAUUUUAUUCAGCAGAUUGAGAACAUGGAUGCCUUGUUUGAAGCGCUAUUCUCCCCACUAUCUGACUCAGGACGUGCUCUUAGUAAAUGUGGUAAAUGUUUGCGGUACAUGAAGUACAUCUCUACACAACCACAACGUUUGUUUUGUGGCACAUGUGAGGAGGUUUACUACCUUCCUCAAAAGGGAACAAUCAAGCUGUACAAAGAACUUACAUGUCCUUUGGAUAAUUUUGAGCUUUUGAUCUUCUCCAUGCCUGGUCCGGAAGGCAAGUCAUUCCCUCUCUGCCCGUAUUGUUAUAAUAGUCCUCCAUUUGAAGGAAUAGACACUCUCUUUGGUUCAACAAAGAUAGGUAGUACAGGGAAGUUGGGGAAGGGAGCAGGCAUGCCAUGCUUCCUCUGCCCAUAUCCCGCAUGUCGACAUUCUCUGGUGGCACAGGGAGUCUGUGCUUGCCCCGAAUGCAGUGGAACCCUUGUUUUAGACCCUGUAAGUGCUCCGGAAUGGAGACUUUAUUGCAAUAAAUGCAACUGCCUUGUCUUACUCCCUGAGGGUGCUCACCGGAUUGCCACUACCCGAGAACGCUGUGCUGAAUGUGACUUCACAAUCAUAGAGGUAGACUUUAAUGAGAAAACAACUCCUUUGGAAGAUGGAGCUACAUUGCAUACUGGUUGCAUUCUUUGUGAUGAGCUGCUUCAUUCCCUUGUGGAGGUGAAGCAUGGUAAAUCAUUUAACAGAGGCUUCGGUGCAAGAAGAAGAGGAACGAGUAGAGGCGGAUACAGGGGAAGGGGAUGUGCAGCCGGAAAAAGGGUUGACCCUAAAAUGAGUUUCAGAGAUUUUUGAUCUUUAUUUUCUAUGAACUUUUCCUUUCAAGUUAGGUGGAUAAAUGGUCUGUAUGAUUUGAGCUAUAACUGGAUUUCUUUUUCUUGGUAAAGAGCUAUAACUGGAUUUGAGGAAUGGUCUGUAUUAUUGAUGAUGAGCUUGGGAAUUACCAGAAGAGCUAAGUUAGCAGUCCUAUAGCUAAAGCAGCAACUGGAAAACAAUAUCAUGGCGGUCAUGUAUAAAUGCAACGAAAAUUUUAUGUUAAGAGAUAUGGUAACUUAAAACAAUAAAUUCAACUUUGCUAUUUUAAUAUAGAAAACGAAUGUUUGAUUCCUGGAAUAGAAUGAUAGAGUAA